GAGAUGCAGAAAACACCUUCACUAUCCAGCGACGUAGGGCAUUUACAGGGCGAGCAGAGGGAGAGGUAUUUGCAAAAAUUGAGGUUAGCGGGCUUAGAGAACGACGUUUACCUGCUUCCACCAGGAUUGUUCACUGACGUACGGAAGUACACGAAGCCCUCGUCUUUACCUGACUUCGGCCCACAGGAUCUGUAUACCUAUGUCGUUAAAAACCCAUCGCCAUACACAGGUAUUGAUCUGAAAGCGUAUAAGAGUUUGGAUGCCUACAAAUAUUUUGUGUCAGGCUGGGUAACAUGCCUACAUCAGCGGGUCGUCCCUGGAGCCGGUGGUCGCCAUCUGAUUACAGCUAAGGACAGAAAGCUGAUGCCGGAGGAGUUGGAUGAACUGCAGCUUGCCUUUAAGGAGUUUGAUUAUGAUCAGGACGGAUAUCUGCAUUAUAAAGACGUGGCAGACUGCAUGAGGACGAUGGGGUACAUGCCCACAGAGAUGGAGCUGAUCGAGAUCAUCCAGCAGAUCAAGAUGAAAUGGGGCGGUCAUGUAGAUUUUGAUGAUUUCUGUGAGCUCAUGGGUCCGAGGAUGCUGAUGGAGACGGCUCACAUGGUGGGAAUGCGAGAGCUGCACUGUGCUUUCAAACAGUUUGACUGUAAUGGAGAUGGAAGGAUCAGCUUCGAGGAGCUGAAAGAGUCGAUGAAGACACUGCUGGGUGAAAAACUGAAGAAGGGAGAGCUGGAGGAGAUUCUGUCUGACAUCGACCUUAAUGGAGACGGAACUGUGGACUUUGAUGAGUUCGUGAUGAUGCUCUCGGCUCGGUGACGUUCUCCUGGAGUUCCGGCGAAACGUUUCAGCUUUAAAUUCAC